GAGGGCAGCACCAGCGCCCACCAUAACACACUCCCACCCCCACUCCUCCCCUUCCUUCCUCGAGGGCCUCCAGACCACAAUAGAUGGAGCAGACGUGAGGACGGGGGCCAGGCCACACACACACACACGCCUCCUGACGCUCCCCGCCAGGGACACGGGUGCAGGCGUCACACUGGUGAGAUGCCACACACGCCACACCAGGCUGCCGUCCAUGGCCGCCUACACUAGCCCUCAUAAGGCAAGUGUGUGCGUAGAGGUGGAGCUGGCGUGAUGGGGGGUGUACUGUCCUCGUUCUUCCAGUCAGGCAGUGCACUCCUGGCAUCUGGUAACCACCGCUCGGUGUCGGAGACCACCAAGAACAUCCGCAUAGUCUUUUGCCUUGAGAGCCAACCCCAGAGUCACUGUCCAGCGGCUGGAAGGCCUCCUCUCGGCUAUUCCAAAGAAUGAGAACCUACUGUAUGUGCACAAUGAAGAGGGCUACAACCUGCUGCAGAAGGUGGUGGGCAUCAACAAUGUGGAGAUGGUGCGAUGGUGCCUCACCCGUAACGUUGACGUCAACAGGGGCUUGUGCUCCUUGCCACUACACAUCGCUUGCCUUAGAGGGUACGAGGAUUGUGGAGGUGCUGCUCAAGCACGGUGCAAGAAUAGAUGUUGAAGCUCGCAUGUGCUGGCCUGGGCCCCACAACCAGAACUGCGAGCAACGGGGGAAAUACUGUGUACCAGAUGUGGCCAUGGGAGACCGAUCGAGCGACAAGCUGCAGAACGCCAUAUAUUAUGCUAUAGAUGGAGACCAAGUGGACAUCUUGGAGUUGCUGACGCAGCAGGGUGAAGACCAUUGGCUUCCAUGGCAACAAAAACGACCAUUAUUGCACAUUGCCUGUGAACGGGGCGCUUGGAACUGUGUGAAGUACCUGGUUCUGGAGAGAGUUUUUGACAGAUCGGACGAGAUCAACCAGUGCUACGAUGAGUACUACCCUAUUCAUCAGGCUGCUCUCCAUGACCUCAAAUUCCUUGAUCUGCUCAUCCAGUGCGGCGCAGAAACCACCGUGCGCACAUACACGCAGCAGAUGACCGUUCUCCAUGUAGUUUUCCUCCUGGGUAAAAAGAGUGCAGAAGACACGUUGGAGACUGUGAAAUUGCUCCUACAGCACGGCCUCAAAGAGCACAUAAACACUGCAGACUCUCUCGGGAAUACACCACUACACGCUCUUAUAGUGAGAUAUGCAUUGGAGGAAGCUAGAUAUGGGUAUGACCACGACCCACCUCCCUGGAAUAAGUGGGACAUGCUUCACAUAGUUCGCUAUCUACUUCAAAAUGGGGCAUCGCCAAGCAUAAAUCAACAGGGUAAUUCGGCCCUGGCUUGCGUCUUGCGCCAUGUUCGAGACUGGGAGUUUCGUUACGAGCUCCUGGACAUGCUGCUGCACUACGGUGGGAACCCCAAUUUGGUGGGCAGGGAUGGAUCGGUGUCGUUAAUGGUGUGCCUCGUGCCGCUCAUCAAUAAGGAUCCUCUGCACCACUUCACACACACCAUGAAGGUGUUCUACUUAAAUUGUGUGAGAAUAUUGUGCAAGCAUGGUGCUAACCCGAACUGCUCGUCACGCUCCAACUUGACACCUCUGCACGUGCUCAUGUUCACCGCCAGCGAGAACAUCUCCCUCUCCCGUGAAGAGGAGAAAGCCGGAGCCUUCACGUUCAUCCGGCAGUUGCUGGUAAUUCUUUUGCAGCACGGCCUUGACCCCAAUGUUAGAUUCAGUCAGCGAACGCAACACAUUCUGCUCUCGCUAAUGGACAUGGUGCAGAAUGCUCGAACCUCCACCGACUUGGAUCACGUUUACGACUUGACCACGACCCUCCUUCAGUAUGGCGCCAACCCUAACAUAAACAUCUCCACGACUGAACCCAUGAUCUGCCACUCGCAGUCGUCCGUCUUCCUCAAGAAGUCGUCCAAUCAGGUGCUAUACUACUAUGUGCAGCUACUGAUUCGGAAAGAGGAGCUUCUGAUUGACCCCGAUCAAAAGUUUGCUCGCCUGCUGCACCUCUACUACCUGGCGAUGGACCACAGGGAGCUGCACCAGUGCCUCAAGAUCCUCUACACUCAGACGUCUCUCGUGCCUAUGAAGCGGCCCCUCACCCAUGUUCUGAGGGAACUGUAUACCAAACCGCGUACACUGAAGCAGGUUUGUCGAGUUAUAAUAUACGACGCUUUGGGACGGAGAACUGCCCAGCAUGUGAACAAGCUGCCACUUCCGGGAAUGUUAAAAGACUAUAUUCUGAAUUUUGAUCCCUAGUGUUGACAUCUGAGCUGCGUGGUGUCUUUCUUGUCCUGGUUUGCAACGAGACGGGUUGGAGAGAAGUUUAGGAGGAGGGUGCUCAUCUCUUCUGACAUUGAUAAUUAUUUGUAUCCCAAGGCAUAUUUGUAAAGGGCGAGUGCAUGUAAUGAGCAGCACGGGACCGUAUUGCGCAUGUACGGUACAUGUGCCGGGUAUUGGAGUGUUGCCCGUCAGCUAUGAAGGCAACUAUAGUGAUAAACUUAUAAAGUGGUUGAAAUAAACUAUCCAGAUUAUUAAGCUUUAUAAAUAUUGAAAAGCUUGAUAAAUAUAGAGCUUUUUCCUAAUUGUGUACAUAUUGUGUGUGUAUAUAUUGAACAGUUCUUGGCAGCGGUUCUGCAAGGCUUGUGGAGAAGAGUCGACUUCCCGGGGAGGGGGGUAACUUGUGCAGUGUAUCUGCAUCAGACUUUUUACCCAUUGAGGUGGCGAUGCUGCCGGCGAAAGUUUUAAAGAGUAGCAAAUCCUCAAGAGAUGAACGGUUGUAGCAACGUUUAGCUUCCAAGUAGUGCUUCUUGGUCAUGUCACAAGAGACAAUUGGACGAAAUGAAUACUAGACGUGUCAGCUUUUGGUGGGUGGCCAGUGUGCGCUCGACGUGUGGGUGUAGCCGGCCUUCCAGAGUGCGGGACUCGAUAUAAUACUCGCUUGUGGGCUAAUGAUUUGGUGUUUGUGUUCUCGUCCCUUUAAAGUUUUGUUUGCAUUUCUUAAAAGAAAAAAUCUUGACCAAAGACCAUAAUUUAGAGUUGCAUAAUAUCAUUCCCUCUUCUGGGAGGUUUGGGUGUUUUAUUAAGACUCGAAUUUUAUUUAAAUAAAUGCCGUUUGUGCUUCAGAAUAUUAACUUUGUGUACAUAUUGAGGUUUCUGUUGCAUGAAUCUGGUACAUGAUAUUGAUGUAAAUUGCAUUCAGAUUGUUAUUAAAAUUUAAGUUUU